AUGGAUUCUGCUGGGGAAACCGCCCUGAAGGGCUACCCCGCGCGAGGCUGGAAGGCUUGGUCGCUCAAGAAGAAACUCAUCGUGGUCGGCUCGAUCCUUGGUGCGAUCGUGGUCAUCGGAGUUGCCCUUGGCGUGGGCCUGGGAGUCGGGUUGAACAACGGCGGCGGUGGUGGUGGCGGUGGUGAGGAAGAGCCCUCUCCUCCCACGAACACAACCGGCAACUACACGACCGCCAAAUGGCAGCCUGCCGUGGGUACGACCUGGCAGAUCGAGCUGCUGUACACGCUCAAUGACACCUCGGUGGAUGUAGACGUCUACGACAUUGAUCUCUUCAACAACAAUCAAUCCAUCAUCAACAGCUUGCACGACGCGGGUCGCAAGGUCAUCUGCUAUUUCUCGGCCGGCAGCUACGAGAACUGGCGCCCGGAUAAGGAUGACUUCAAGUCCGCCGAUCUGGGCAAGAACCUCGACGGCUGGCCCGGGGAGAAGUGGAUCAACAUCAGCUCCCCGAAUGUGCGCAAGAUCAUGCAGGCCCGGCUGGACAUGGCGCAGAAGAAGAGCUGCGACGGCGUCGACCCGGACAAUGUCGAUGGCUAUGACAACACGAAUGGCCUGGGUUUGACCGAGGCCGACUCCAUCGACUAUGUCAACUGGAUGGCGAACGAGGCGCAUGCCCGCAACAUGUCCAUCGGCCUGAAGAACGCAGGAGCCAUCAUUCCCUCGGUCAUCAAGAACAUGCAGUGGAGCGUCAACGAGCAGUGCGCAGAGUAUGACGAGUGUGACACCUACGCCGCCUUCACCAAAGCGGGCAAGCCGGUGUUCCACAUUGAGUACCCCAAGGGGGACGAUACCAACAACAACAACGAGGUCACGACCACCCAGAAGAACGACGCCUGCGACUUCACCGGGUCCGGCAACUUCUCAACUGUCAUCAAGAACAUGGAUCUGGACAACUGGAUUCAAACCUGCUGA